AUGUGUGAAAACGGAAGCUUUAACAGACAGACUUUUGGGCAAUUUCAGCUAGAAAAAGAUUCCAUGAUGAGGAUUAAUCAGUAUUAUAUUGCACAAGUAAGCCAAAUGGAAAUAAAAAUUAGUGAGCUAAAGGCACAUUUGCAAGCAAAAGAUUCAGAAAUAAAAUAUUUAAGUGAAAAAGUUCAAGAAUAUGAAAAUAAUAAACAGGAAAAAAAUAAAACCACAGUAGGCGAAGCUUCAAUAGAUUAUGAAGAACAACUUUUAACAAUUUCUGAAGAAAAUGCAAGCUUGAGAAACACUUUGAUUUAUUCUGAAGAUGUUUUGAGCUUGAAAAUCCAAUUAGAUCAUGCUUUAAGGAUGAAAGAUGCAUUUGAAGAAAAAUAUAGAGAUUUAUUGGAAAAAAGUUUAUCAAAUAAAAUAGACUCUAAAUUCGAUCAAGAAAAUGAAGGCUUGAAAGCUGAAAUUAUAAGCUUAACAAAUGAAAAUUCGCAGAUUUUAAUAAACCUUGAGCAUGAGAAAAAAAAUAAUUUGGAGAGGUCUAUUGAAAUUGCUGAUCUUAAAGAAAAGCUAAGCUCAAAAAGCGAAUAUAUAAAACAAUUGGAAAUGAAGAUUGAAACCUCAGAUAAAAGUACAGUGUUAGAGCUUAAAUUUUCAGAUGAAAAUUAUGAUGAUAAAGCGUCUGCAGUCUCACAGCUUAUAUCAUCGCCUCGGCGAGAACAAAAAAUCUUGCCAGUAUCCCCUACAAAUCAGCCUAACUCCCCUCCCAUCCUUGAUCGAACGAUUCACUGUAAAAAUUCCUAAAAUGGGAAAAUUAACCCCACCUUGAUCGAACGAUUUUCAUAUCAUGCAAAAUUUUUAUUUAUAUAUAAAUAUAUUAGUUAUCAAAAGCUUGGGAAGAUGUGCCGAAUGAAGUUGCUUUCAGAGACUUUGAGACGACAGAAAGCUACGAAAUCAACCAUCCGAAGUGCUUUAGUCAUCAACCUGGGCUUAAAAACUCAAUAAUCUAAUAAAAUAGAGAUUCUUCAAAAUUUUAAAUUUUUAAUUUAAUAAGGAACAAAUUAAAAUUUAUACAGUUUAAAGGAGUAACUAAUAAAUCAAAAUAUUAAAAAUUGGUAUUUUUUUAUGAAAUUAAUUCAAUUUUUUGCUGUAAAAAUAAUUAUAAAAUAUUCUUAACCCUCUUAUUUAAAAGUAUGUAAAAAUAUAUUUUUUAUUUUAUAUAUAAAAUUUUUUUCCUAAAAAGUUUUUUUUAACCCCAUCCUUGAUCGAACGAUGGCGAGCCGUUCGAUCAAGGAUAGGAGAGUAAGUUACUGUUCUUUGAAGAAUUAGACAAAUCAAUCCAAGCUAUUCCAAGCUGCCAGUCGACCAAAAAUUCCUUUAUUUCUACUAAUUUGAGACUAUCUGAGUGUAUGAAUACAUCAUUUACAUCAAAUGAAAAUAAGCUGACAUUUUUAUUAGAGAAAAGCACUCAAAGAUCAAGAAGCAUCCAACCAGUCCCAAAGCUUAAUGUUUCAACUGAAAGAAUUCAUUCAAUUUUAAGUCCUAAAAACUCAAUGGAAUCUACAACAAAAAGAUUGCGCAAGACAAAUGAAAAAAUAGUUAUCACAGCUCCACCAGUGGCUGAGUUUUGCCCUAACUUUUUAAGAAACAAAAAGCUAUAACUCUUUUAAUUAAAUACCCUAUUUUUGUCUGUAGGUAAAAGAAUUAUAUAAUUAAAAUGUGAUGGAAAAUUUAAGCAAGAAAGUAAUAGAUAAAAGUGGAAAAAAAGAAAAUACCCCUCUAAGGCAAAAGGAUUUAUCCAAAAGCUUUAUUUCCAAAUCUCCAUUCUUAGAAAAUAUGAUGUAA